AUGGAUGCAGCGUAUGCCACUCACCGAUGUAUAGGAGCUCUGCAUGCCAUUCACGCGCGGCAUGUUUGUUGCGUAGAUGCACAGCCAUGCUUUGUUGCUCUUCGGCGGCAGCACGAAAUACCGUUCUAUGUCACAUCCAUUGUGCCGGGACCUCAUGCCAUGUGGGGUGAGUGCACAGGUGCGCCGAUUCAUGCAGAGUUCGAUUUUGCUCCUUGGAUGCGUAAAGAUGGUGGUCUUGCCGCUCGUGUUGUGCUUGUAUCGCUCUGGGUGCAAAUAUGUGGUGAAUGGCACUGCCAUUGGGAACGGGUACUGAAUCUCUUGGACACCAUGCCAGUCGGCGCCGACAUGGCCGCACUGUCUUCUUGCCCACCUAAUCAACCAAGCGUCUAUGUGUGCUUACGCCGAAAUGAUACCCAGUAUGAAUACUUUGCCGUGGAACAUAAGAAUACCAAUUCUCCUGUCCCCUUGAAAACUCAUACACUCACGACACAUGCGCCCGCUCGCUCAUGUACAUGGUCUGAUUUAGAGCAUCUUGUGCACGAUUGUUCUGAGAUUUCACGUUUGUGCGAAGCAAACGACUUGCUAGAAAUGCGCUGUGCUCCAGCACUCAUAGAUAUGUCGACACUCGCACGGAAGCGCUACCAGUACGAACUGCACGAUACGCUUGAUCAACUUCGACACACAUCGGAAGAGCGCAAACAUGAUCUGAGGAGAUGUACGUAUUGCAGUGAGCUAUUUGCUCGCGUGCGCAUUCGCUUACGUCGGUCAGUGCGCCGCGAUUUGGAGGAGCGCCAGUAUGCGCUUCAAGAGCGACGAGACAGGCUGCAGCAAGGCCGAAUGAAGCUCGAGAGCAUAAACAAUACAUGCACCCAAUUGUGCACUGAGAGCAACCAUGUAAGCACAGAGCUCCGUGCUGUGCAAGUGCGACUAUCAAAUGAACGCGCGCGACUUUUACGUGAGCUGGAUCUCAUCUAUCCUAUCGAUCUCGUGAAUGCACGCGACUUACUGUACUCGUUGGUUGGCAUGCCCCUUCCAAAUGGCAUUGCCACGACGAAAGCAAACGCAAGCGCUCUCGUGCAUAAGACGGACAUGGUGGAGGCAUCCACAGUACUUUCGUAUGUGGCACAGAUUGCUCUUCUGCUCAGCAAAUAUCUUCACACACCAUUGCCCUACCCACUCACAUCAGUAGGCAGUCGUGCCACUAUACAAGAUCGUAUCAGUGUGAUGAGUGGACCUCGCUCGUUCCUUCUUUCUGGUCAAUAUAACGAGCUGUAUCGCUACGAGUAUGCUGUUUUCCUGCUCAACAAGGACUUGGAGCACCUUAUGAACAAAUAUGGCGUUCCUGUGCUAGAUCUUCGCAACACUUUACCGAAUCUCAAGAACCUGCUCGUGACUUUGUCAGCAGCACCAGCAUGA